AUGUGUUCCAAGGUUUCUCUAAGUUCCCGACCCAAGCAGAGCCAGAAAUACCAAAAUAGAUACGCUUUUAAGCUUAGAGAACCUUCAAAAAAGAUUCAAAAAAUGCCCGUAAGAGGAUUAUGCCCCCCUUGCGAGCAAAAAAUACUCUGGAGGAAGCAGUUUGGAAACGUAAAGUGUGGUGAUAAGACCGUAAAGGAAUCGUAUCAUGUGAUAUGUAAAAACUGUGCCCAUGCAAGUGGCUGUUGCGAAAAAUGCCUAACUUUGCUUCCCUCUGAAAGCCAAGGCACAAGCACAGGCGCAAGCGCAAGCGCAAGCGACUCGCCUUCUGAAGCCAUUUUGAGCCCCGAUUGUGGCCAAAAUCAAAGCCAGCUCAGUGAGCCAGAAUCCGAUUCUUCUGCCGAUCCGCAGGACUGCAGUGAUUCAGGGUCUUCCUUAUCUACCGAUCCGCAGGAUUACAGCGAUUCAGAAUGUGAAAACUAA